UAGGUUUGAAUACCCAUGGCAUACAGAGACAUUUUACUUCUACUAACAGUCACAAUUUCGACAGACGUUUUCUGUGGAUAUGCGCCGACAUGGGACGCCUGUGGGUGCAGAUGGGCUGACUGGAUGGCCUGGUCCGAUUGUUCGAGGACCUGUGGCGGUGGCAGACGGUACCGGACCAGAGAGGUCUGGAUACGGACAGACAAAUGCUCUCUUGACUUUAACAACUGUGCCACUGAUGAUAUGGGCUCUGAUUACGGAGACUGUAACAAUAUAUGUUAUAAUGGAGGGACAUUUACAACUUCCGGAUACUGCUCUUGUGUGACAGGAUGGUACGGAAGCUGCUGUUCGAAUGAAAUAAUCUGUGGAAACCCAGGAACACUAUCUAAUGGUGUCGUAUCGGGAUCGGCGUACACUUAUGGUAAAAUUGUGACGUACUCUUGUAAUGCCCACUUCAACCUCACCGGUGGAUCAGUUUCAAGAACCUGCCAAUCAAAUUUCCUGUGGAGUGGAACGCAGCCGAGAUGUGCAUUCAUAAAUUCGUGCGCAAGUAAUCCCUGUCUGAAUGGGGGCACGUGUGUAAAUGGAUUAGACAGAUAUGACUGUCUCUGUACAUCAAGUUACAAUGGUGUCAACUGUGAAAACGAUAUUCAGCCUCCUGUAACAAUUGAUUGCCCGAGUGACAUGUUCAUAUUCUCCCAUAAACCAACAAUUUUUGUAAAUUGGACGGCACCAUCUUUUCAUGACCCCGUUGGGACAAGUAUUGAUAUUACAACAAACUAUCCAGAUGAUAGUUGGACGUUUCCAUGGGGAGAUUUCGUCGCACAGUACGUGGCACUGAAGCCCUCCAAUGGUCUUCGAACAACAUGUGAAUUCAAUAUUACCAUUCGACCACAUCCAUGCCCAGAACUAAACGUACCUGUGAAUGGUGCUCGGGUUUGUAAUGGUUGGAAGACCGACUUUGGUCAGUUCUGUCUAGUGUAUUGUGGAGGGAACUACAGCCUCAGUUUACAGUUCGAUCACAAUCAGUGGUAUGUUUGUGGAUCUAGUGGGAACUGGAUUGCUAAUGGACCCCUGCCUAACUGUACAGAUUUUAUUUUGACGCCCGAGGUUCUUACCUUUUCCAGUUCAUACAGAUUUAACGAUUGCUCAGUGUCCGGGGAUAUUGACAAAAUUCAGAAGUCUUACAUAGAGAAACUGAAGAUUUCUAACUACAAUGAUUUCUGUGAUAAGUAUAAAAAUCUAUGUUCCGAAGAAAAUGUACAGGUGGCUUGUUAAAUAUGUAAUUUUAUCACCCAAUGAAUUGGAUAAAUUAGCUGUGCUUCAAGAAAUAUGGAGAGGUAACUUGCAAUUGUACAAUGUCAGAAAAAUUACUGGAAAAAAUUAAUUAUUUAGUUGAUUUUACUUACAAAUGUAUAUCUCAGAACCUGUGGAAAUUUUGCUUUUAACUACAUGAAUGUAAUUUUAAAGGAUACAAAAUCUUGUCAUAAAUAUUCUGCAACAAUUAAAAUCAUUAUU